AUGAAUGACUCCAUCUUGGACAGAAAUGUGGCUGGGGACAAGCUUCAGGAAUCUCCUAUCUCCUUUGCUAGUCAAUUGCUGUCUGAGUUCAGUCGUUCCCAGCUCAUAGGCUUUUUAACAGCUGGCUGGCUGGCAUACAUUGUGCUUCGGUCUUACUUCAGCAAGACCUUGCCACCCAGCCCUCGGCGGCUUCCAGUGCUGGGGAAUUUGCACCAGGCGCCUCUGCGUGAUCAUUGGGCUGCGUACAAGACCUGGCACAAGCAACACGGUCCAAUUAUCAGUCUUCGAUUUGGACAACGCACCAUAAUUAGCCUGGGAUCGCACCAGGUUGCCAAUGAAUUGUUAAACAAGCGCAGUCAGAACUACAGUUCGCGGCCCAACUUUGUUGUGGGUGGUGCUCUGAGCAACAAUCAAAACAGUGCUCUCAUUCCAUAUGGUGAACAAUGGAAGAUACAUCACAGCAUGCUGACCAAGGUCAUGAAUGCUCGAAUGGCCGCCAAGUAUCAGUUCCUGCAAAACAUUGAGAGCAAACAGGCCAUGAAGGACCUUUUAUCGGUGCAAGGCAAGGAAUGGAUCCAGGUAUUCCACCGCUACACCACAAGUGUUACCUAUACCCUGGCCUAUGGAGAACGACUGAAAGACCUCUACGAUGAACGUAUCCAUUUUGUUGACGAGCUGACGGAAAUCAUCUCAUCGAACGUGGAGAAACCCACAAAUUUGAUCGCCGACUGCUUUCCAAUUCUGGAUAACCUGCCUGCAUGGUUGGCCCCAUGGAAGCGCCUGGCCAAGAUGUAUCACGGCAAGUCAAUGGACUUUUUCCUAGGGGAGCACACCAAAGCUGAGCAGCGCAAGUCUUGGAAUUGGGUAAAGGAGCUGGCUGAAUCAGACGAGGCUAAGCUGCUCGACAAAACGGAAGUUGUCUAUUUGAUCGGUGUGCUCAUUGAGGCUGGCGGCUCGACAAUGAAAACGUUCGAAUUCUUCGUAAUGGCCGCUAUUCUUUUCCCCGAGGCCGUACACCGGGCACAGGAAGAACUGGAUCGAGUUGUGGGUUCAGGCCGACUGCCAGACUGGGAUGAUCAAGCCCGGCUGCCCUAUCUAAAUGCCUUUAUCCGCGAGGUGCAACGCUGGCGACCUAUCUUCCCGCUGGGAGUACCACACUCAAACCAGAAGGAAGAGAUUUAUGACAACUACCGCAUUCCCAAGGACUCAGUGGUGAUUGCUAAUCACUGGGUGAUGGAUUCCGAUCACGAUGUGUUCAAGGAUGCCGACGACUUCAGACCCGAACGCUGGAUUGAAGAUGCUAAUUUGCCGUUCUUGGCAUUUGGCUAUGGAAAAAGAGUCUGCCCAGGGCAACACAUUGCCAAGCGGUCCCUCUAUAUAGUUAUCAGCCGCGUUCUUUGGGGAUUUAAUAUUUCCCAUGCUCAAAAGAAUGGGAAACGUAUAGAGCUGGACCCCAAUGACCUGGUUCAAAACAUCCUGUCUGGUCCUAAGCCAUACAAGGCCGCUUUCAAAGUUCGCUCAGCCAAGCAUCGCCAUAUCAUUGAGAACGAAUUUGGCAAUAUUGGAGAGGAUGAGCGUCAAGUAUGGGAGGUCUGCAAGCCCUAA